GCCGCCGCCGCCGCCGCUCGAGGAAGAUGGCUCUGGCAGCCGGUAAUCGCGUCCCUUCGAUCGCUGUCGCUGUCACCGUCGCGUGCACCUAGCUGUGGGUCGUGCGUGCUUCCUUCCCCCGAUCCCUCCUCCCCCCCCGCAACGUCCAGCCGUCACCACGUCCCUCCUCGUACGCCUCCUCCACGCGGCGGGCCCUCCUCCAGGGCGUCCGGGCGGCCCGCUCGUUUUCUCCUCAUCGCGGUGGAUUUCCCUCGCACCGUUUUCGCUUGCGAUGUGUCUUUGCGAGACUCUCCGGAGAACGUCAACCCCAGGAUGGGCCUCCGCAGCGAUUGUGGCUCGCAGAAAUUUCCGAGGGCGUUAAGGACAUAGGAGAGAAAAAGAGUGAGAGAGAGAGAGAGAGGGAGGGAGAGAAUUGAAAGUUGUGCGUGGUUGCACGUGGAUGUUUUGUAUCCGUUUGACUUCCUCUUUUCGCGUUAAGCAUCUCGAAAGUUACCUUGUUGUUACCGGAUAGAAACUCAGUGAAAACGAAAUCAUGGAUCAAACGAGAAAUAGACCGAGCAGGCCACGACUGCGGUCUCACGGUAACUCCGCUAGGGUGCUUGUGUUCGAUCAAAAUGAAGCUGAAGAUACUGCCAGUAACGUGGAAACAGAAAUGCACAAAUGUCCAAUACCACCAAAAUUGGAAAGCAAGGAGGCUCCAGUUCGGCCUGUUAGUGGAGAGUUGUCAAAUCUUGUUCGCAUGAGAAACUCUGCGAUAGGAAAGUCGGCACCUUCUCUAUCAGUUCAUGUGCGUGAUUUCAACAUUUCUCGUCGUGCCGCUAAAGCGGCUCAUCGCAAGUCUCUCAUCGCAACCACGUCGCCUACCUUACCACGUUGCCAUUCACCUUUGUCAGCAUUCGUCCCGAUUGUAGGCAGUCCUCUAGAGAGCCCUAGGAUGUCAUCCAGUCCACACUUUGCUUUUGCUCCAAUUAAAAGAAUUGGCGGAGGUGCUACAGGAACUGGCGAUGGCAGGAGAUGGUCAGUUGCUAGUUUACCGUCCAGUGGCUACGGAACGACACCUGGCUCCAGCAAUGUUUCGUCGCAAUACUCGAGCCAAGAACGUUUGCAUCAACUGCCAAAUGUUCCCACCAAGGACGAGCUACGCAUGUUAUCUUGCCAUUUCUCCAAGCCCGGGACACCAUGCUCCUCGCAUCCGGGCUUCCCAGGCUCUAGUAUUCCGGGUAGCGCGUCUCUCAGCCUUGAGGAAGAAGGCCGUCGAUCGCCGUUACAUCGUCCACGUUCGCGAAGUUUGAGCAGUCCAAGUCGAUCGCCUGUUCUCGACAGCGAAAUCGUUAUGAUGAAUACUUUGUAUAAAGAAAGAUUUCCGAAGGCAACGCAACAGAUGGAGGAGCGACUGACCAAUUUUAUUAAUGAAAACAAAGAGAUAGACGAAUACGAGGUAGUGGCCAAUAUGACGCAAGAUUCAUUGCCAAUUUUACGCUUCGUACAUCAUCAAGUAAUCGAAAUGGCCAGAGACUGCUUGCAAAAAUCUCAGGAAAAAUUAAUUACAACGAGAUACUUUUACGAGAUGAGCGAAAAUCUGGAACAUCUAUUAAUGGAGACUAAAGAUAAAUCUUUAGAGGCGGCAGCGAGAUUAACAGGAUUGAUAAAGAAACUGCUGUUAGUUAUAUCGCGGCCAGCGCGUUUAUUAGAGUGCUUGGAGUUCGAUCCCGAGGAAUUUUAUCAUUUACUCGAACAAGCGGAGGGCCAAGCUAAAGUCAAUGCGGGCAUAAAAGCUGAUAUUCCUCAGUACAUUAUCACAAAGCUAUCCUUAAAUAGAGAUCCUAUAUCCGAGUUGCAGGAAGACCUGAAUAAAUUGGAGGAUUCGGCGAGUUCUAGCGACAGUAAUCUGCAAGUGACGUCGAGUCCGAACAAGGACGACGACAAAUCUCAGCGUAUUCCGUGUGAAAGUGAUUACGAGGUGUUGAAGCUCAUCAGCAAUGGCGCGUAUGGCGCCGUGUAUUUGGUCAAAGAGAAGACCACCCGACAGAGAUUCGCGAUGAAGAAAAUCAAUAAGAACAAUUUAAUGCUGCGAAAUCAAGUGGACCAGGUGUUCGCCGAAAGAGACAUAAUGAGCUUCACGGAUAAUCCAUUUGUAGUCUCCAUGUACUGUAGUUUUGAAACCAAGAAACACUUAUGCUUAGUAAUGGAAUACGUAGAGGGUGGAGAUUGCGCGAAUCUUUUGAAAAAUAUAGGUCCACUGCCACCAGACAUGGCAAGAUUUUAUUUCGCAGAGACCGUCUUGGCUGUCGAAUAUUUACACAGUUAUGGCAUUGUACAUAGGGAUUUGAAGCCUGAUAAUUUACUCAUCACUGCCCUGGGACACAUCAAGCUUACUGACUUCGGGCUCAGUAAAAUGGGUCUAAUGUCCUUGGCAACAAAUCUUUACGAGGGCUACAUCGAUCGAGACACGCGGCAGUUCUCGGACAAGCAAGUGUUCGGCACACCGGAGUACAUCGCCCCGGAAGUUAUAUUGCGGCAGGGUUACGGUAAACCGGUUGACUGGUGGUCCAUGGGUAUUAUAUUAUACGAAUUUCUAAUUGGCUGUGUUCCAUUCUUCGGUGAGACGCCCGAGGAAUUAUUUGCUCACACGGUGAACGACGAUAUCGAAUGGCCAGACGAAGACGAUUGGCUCGUUCAACCCGAGGCGAAGGACAUUAUAACGGCUCUUCUCCAUCAGAGUCCUAGAGAUCGAUUGGGAACUGGUGGGUCGCACGAGGUCAAGGAGCAUCCAUAUUUUUACGGAGUAAACUGGAACAGCUUACUUAGGCAGAAAGCCGAGUUUGUGCCACAAUUAGUCAACGACGAGGAUACAAGUUACUUUGAUACUCGUAUGGAUAGGUACAAUCACGACUUGGGCGACGACACGGACGACACCGAUGACUCCCCCUUAUUCGGGUCGUUCUCCUCUUACUCGCCUCAGUCGCGCAAGAUCUCGCAAACGCGUCCACCUCAGUUCAAUUCUGACGCAGAAUCGGACGCCAGCAAGAAACAGCUGUUCCGUACCGAACUCGAAGGCACGUUCGCACAAUUAUCCCUCGGAUCGACCGCCGCGUCGUCGGUCGCGCCGCCAUCCAAAUUGGUCGAGCCAAAUCCGCAAUCCGCACAAUCAGCCCGGCCGCCCUCGUUGUCAGUGAAGAAUAAUAGUUCCUGCGCUGAGAAUCAAAACAGAAGCGACAAACCCAACGCCACGCCGUCGUCCUGCGUGACUCCCGGCACUGCGGCCUCGUCGAGCAACGAGCCGCAGCUGUCGGUCGUCAAGAGCGCUCAGCCGGAAAGAACGCCGAUUAAUCUAAGCACGCCCGAUUCCUCGCAAACCGAGUCCGAAGAUAUUAGCCCUCAGAUCCAGAGAAAGCGACACACGCACUCCCGUGACAAGCUGCCCAGGUUCAGUAUAUCCGUUGAUGAUGAACACAUAUUGGAUCUUGCAGCAGCAAAUAAAGAUAUUAUGGCGGAUGACAGCAAGCACAAUUCCAGCACUGACUCCUUCGAGUCCUUCAGUGCCAUAUCUAUGUUACCAUCCGCUCGACAGAAGUCUCGAUCCGUCAUAAAGUCCGCUUCGACCAGCGGGCUGUCGCUAGUGAUCCCGACCAGUGACUUCUCCUAUGACGCGCCACUGAAUGUUCAACCUAUCGAGUCGCCUGGUGGAUCGUCGACUGCGUCUUCGAGGGAUACAUCCCCCUGCCGCGAGUUGAGUCCUCUCGUAACUAGUCUGAAACCGCCCAUUAUCAUCCGUCGAGGUCCAUGCGGCUUUGGCUUUACCGUGCACACUAUUAGAGUUUACUACGGCGACAGCGAUUUUUACACUAUGCAUCAUCUAGUAAUGGAGGUCGAACAGUCCAGUCCGGCGUUCGAGGCUGGCUUGAGACCUGGCGAUCUGAUAACGCAUAUAAACGGCGAACCGGUGCAAGGCCUCUAUCACACCCAGGUCUUGCAGCUAAUGCUGAGCGGCGGUGACCACGUGACGUUACGUAGCACGCCGCUGGAGAACACCAGCAUCAAGACCGGCGGUAGAAGGCGCGACCUCGCGCAGAGUAAACUGGCGCGUCGGACGCUGCACAAGCAACGGAAGCAGAAGCGGGAUCACACGGACAAGAAGCGGAAGACGUCCCUCUUUAAGAGAAUAAGUUCCAAACGGGCGAGCGUAGAGAUGCAGCAGCCGUUAACUAUCAGUUGUCCAUUGUCAGCACCCAUUUUGUCCAGCGACAGCAAACCUCCACUUAUGAUGGCCGCGGGAAUUUGCUCGCCCUCGAUGGUCACGCCCAGCCGCUCGUUUCAGUCGUUCACGCGCUCGCAAGAGACGUCGCCGUACUUCGCGGCGUGCUCAAAAUCCGUCUGCAGCCCGUCCCCGCCGACGAAUCGCGCCAGCACGGACUCCUAUCACUCUACCGGAAACUCGAGCCCGUGCUCGAGCCCGAAUUCCUCGUCCCCGAGCUCGAACACGUCCGUGGGCAAUCUGUCAGGCAUCUCGAACCAGUCGCAUUAUCAGCGCCCGAGCACCCUCCACGGUCUCAAGCACAAGCUGCACACGGCCGCGAAGAACAUCCACUCGCCGAAUCGCCGGAAGUCCGUGGGCCACAUACCGCUGUCGCCGUUGGCCAGAACGCCGAGUCCAUCGCCGAUCCCCGCCAGUCCGACGAGAAGCCCGAGCCCGCUGGCGUUCCCCACGGGCCAUCAACCCGGUAGUUCCAACACUACGCAGUCGUACAGUCCAGGGGCGUGUUUGUCGACGCCGAACAAUCAGAAGAAAGGAUACGGUCGUCCGAAAUCCGCGGAGCCGGGUUCGCCGCUGCUCCGACGUGCGCUCAGCCCUGACCGGCUUCACCCGCGCUCGGCGGAGAACAAGACGUCGAUAUCGCCGCUGGCGAACACCGUGGUCAAGGUAACGCCACGCGUGACCAUCGCGCAGUCGUCCCACAACAGCAGCGGCGAUGCCUGCUCGGACGAGUCCAACGACAGCUUCAAGGAGGGCGCCAGCGAGAGCGCGAAAGGCGAGAAGAAAGUGCCAAGUGAACAGAAAGCGGACUACUCGAAGCUGACUCACGGUAUAUCUAUCAAUUUGGGAAACGUGGGCAUGUCGAAUUCCUGCGGUAGCACGCAAUUGCCGCGGAUAGCCGAGGAGAAGGACUCGCCGACGGGCACCAAGAGCGACGACUACUCGUCGUCGAAGGAGAUCGGCGCGGAGAAAGGCGACAAGCAACAGUCGUCGACGUGUAGCAACAGUCAGUCGGGUGACGCGGAGAAGGCUCAGAGCGACGAGCGCCCAGCUGCCAGCGGCAGCAAGGUGUCGCAACGCAACGAAAAGGAGGAGACUGCCGCUCUUCAACUUGGUGCCGCGCAAACGAGCGGGCAGCAAGCGACCGGUGCUACCACGAGCUCGCAGAAGAACUUGGAUCAGAGACACUGUCAGACCGGCGAGAGAUCUGUCGCAGCAUCGGCGCUACCGCAUAAAGCGCCCGUCGCCGAGUACAAGAGCGCCGGCAAGGGCAAUGUAGAGGCUCAUCAAGAGAUUAAAAAGGUAUCCAAAAAGCAUAAGGCCGACACCGGCGAUGGCGCCCAUUCAAGCACGCACGAAAGCAACGCAGGAUUGGGGAGAGAUAAGAAGAACUCUAAUUAAUUUCUCUAAUUGAUUAACUAUAAUUAAUUAAUUGCUUUUUUUUUUUUUUUUUCAAAUAAAUUCUCGAGGAAAUACCGAUCUCCUUUGUGCAGCGGAAAACUCCGAAUUACCUGUGUGUUAAUCAAACGUGAAAUAAAGAGAGGGUUGUCCCUUGCAAAGCUCGAAUAGAUACCGACGAUCAUAUGAGAGACAAGAGACUAAUCAAAAGAGGAAAGGAGGGGAAACAAAGCGAGGAAAGAGGAAAAAGAUCACAGAUUUUGAAUUUAUAUAGCUUUAUGGAACUUCUAUAUUCAAACUUAUAGGCUUCCGUCAAAUGAAUACCUGAAAGCGAUUAAGAUACUUAUAUAUAUAUUUCCGAGAAGAAGGUUUUAAUCUAUUUCCGUAAAAUAUACUGUUUGUCAUAUAUACAAAACACACUUUCAAAUGAAUUUACACAGAUGAGAAAUAUAUUAUUUUAAUUGUCGAAAACAAAAAAUGCAAAACGCAAAAACGUUACUACCUGGAAGUCACAAGACCGUAUAUAUAUAUAUAUAUUGAAGUUGCUCUAACAGUGAGACAAUUGGAGUGAUUUUAUGCUUCGGGCUACAGUAUUUACACGAUCUCAUUUACAUUUAUAUCUAAAUAAUAUUAGCACGUAACCCACACACACACACGCACAACACAUACACACAUUGUACACACAUAUACAUAUGCAUACAGAUACCUACAUACACACAUAUACAAUCAUAGUAUUCAAUGGCUCGCAUAUACAAUAUCCCGUGUACGCGAAAUAGUUUUAUAGGGUAUUUAUUUUUGGAGAAAGGGAGAGAAAAAAGCAAAGAGAAUCUAUGAUGCUAUUUUGUUGCGAUGAUUUAUGUAAUAUACAAGAUGAUUCCGUUGCGCACGCAAUUAAGUAAAAUUACAAUUGAAGCAGUGAUAUAUUCGUGAAUAAAAAUUAAGAAACUAAACGAUUCUCACGUGAAUUAUUUAAUGUACUUCGUUUAUCUCUUCGUUAAUUAUGUACUCGUAGUCGAAUACGAAAAAAAAUAUACUUUCUUACUCGCUAUUUCUCGGUAUCAUACUGCGGCGUACACAUUCGAUUAUGUGUACGAGAGAAAAUUAUUAGGUAUUUGAUAAUUCGCAUGUGGAAGCGACUGUUUUGUUUCUUAAUUUUUCUCUCCAUGAGUCCUCGUGUUGUCAUCGAGAUAAAGGAUUGCAAUUGGUGCCCGCACAACUCAGGUACCACGUACAUAUAUGACUGCUCAAUGUUUCUCGCGUAAUCGUCAAAAGUAUAUACACGCAAAUAGAUACCGACACAACAGAAUCAAAUGAUUACCGUCGCGGAAGCAUCUUGCGUGUACUUGUAAAUUUUAGAGACAGCGGAGGUAUACGAAAAGAUUGGAGCUCGAUGUGCACUGCAAUGCAUUGAAAUGUUAGUAUUAGUCACUCUUUAUAUAUAUAUUAAUUUAUUGUACAUAUAGUACUUUAUAUUAGUCGCAAUACAUAUUUUAGUUCGUAGAAUGUUGCCACUGAAAUAUUUAGCCACAUUUAUUAGCACACACACACACAUACACACACGUUUCUGUUGCAAUUGAAUCAAGCUCGAAUUCACUUUUAUUCGUUAUUAAUGAAAAAAAAA